ACACUCAACAAGCACCGUUUCCUCUUUUCCGACUCCGGAAACUCUGCUUUUCGCACCGGGAUAACCCCAGUACGUCAGUGGAAACUAGAACUCGAUUGAGUGAUUUCUUUCUUUAUCAGAUUCCAGAGACACGCCACGUGUAGUCAAGGGAUGCCGGCAGGCGCCAAACUUGAACGCACUGCGACAGGUCCCGGACUCCCGGGGAAGGCACACCUCUCUUGCAGCUGUCUCCUAGCUAGUGACUGGACGCACUGCUUUCGCUGCACAGAACGGGUAGUGUGUUCCGAAAACUAGUGGUGUGCUGUCUCCCGGUUGCCGGCAACUACUGUGCAGCACCUCGCGGGUUUCAGACCGAGCGGCCAAAAUAUCUUUCUAUUAUAUAAAGAUAAAAAUUGAGACGCCAGGGUCGAUAUGAACCUCAACUUGUACUGUCUCACCCCGUGCCAAGGAAUCUCAAUAUUCUUCCUCUCUGUGCUGAAACAUGCCUGAAACGAACGGGUUCUCCCACCAGCACGAAGACAGCUUAUCCCAACCGGAAGGUACUCAGAAUCCCACACCUUCGGUCGUCGUCAGCCCUCCUCCAGGGACGCCUCCCCGCUCGGUACGAUUCAACGUGCCCCCCACGCCCCCCACGCCGUUGAGUUCUGAACUGUACGAGUCUGGCUCUGGCUCGGAUGCGACUUUGGAUGCGGGUCAGCGUUCGGACGAUGAGAGAACUGAGUCUCCCGCUACGCCCGAGCCUGUGGAAGGGGGAGGAGACCCGCGCUUAAAGGACUUGAAACCUUGUGUGAACUGUAAAGAGGCUCAUCUAAAGUGCGACGGAGUGCCCUGCAGCGCAUGUAAUGUGCGAAAGAUCGAGUGUACCCCUACGCGGGAAACGUUCGAGCGCUCCCUGGAGGCCGUGACAACAUACAUGGAGCACCAGAUCGGGGAGCUGAAGCGCCGGCGAAGCUCACUCACUCCGACGGGAUUCCUCCGACUUAUUUCCGAGGAAUUUGCG